UACUGCGCAUGUGCGUUAUUGUCAGCUGGUGACCGAGGCAUCAUGGCGGCGUCCGCUCGAAGCGUGCAGUCUGCCUUGAAGAAGACGAUGGUUCCUCCUUUAGUUGUAGUUUUAGGUGCUACUGGAACUGGAAAGUCGAAGUUAGCAAUAGAAAUCGGUAAACGUAUGCAAGGGGAAAUAAUCAGCGCUGACUCCAUGCAGGUCUACCAGGGCCUGGACAUCAUCACCAAUAAGGUGACGACGAAGGAGCGUGCCCAGUGCACACAUCACAUGAUCGGCUUCGUGGACCCACUGGUCAGCAGCUACACCGUUGUUGACUUCAGGAACAAAGCCCUCCCCCUCAUCGAGGACCUGCACACCAGAAGCAAGCUGCCAAUCAUAGUUGGCGGGACCAACUAUUACAUCGAGUCGUUGCUGUGGAAAGUCCUGGUGGAUACACGGCAGGAGAAGGCAGAGUCGGCGAAAGCAGGAGAAGACCGGGCUGCGCUGAGGAAGGCGGAGCUGGAGAAAAUGGGCGGGGCCGAGCUGCACAAGAGACUGAUGGAGGUGGACCCCAAGAUGGCCGCCAUGUUGCACCCCAACAACGCGCGCAAGAUCGCCAGGAGUCUGCAGGUGCACGAGGACACGGGCGUGGCCCACAGCCGCUGGCUGGAGGAGCAGCAAGGCCAGGAGGGGGCGGGCGGGCUGGGGGGGCCGCUGCGCUACCCCGACCCCUGCAUCUUCUGGCUGCACGCCGACAUGCAAGCUCUGGACGUGCGUCUGGACGCCCGCGUGGACGCCAUGCUGUCCGCGGGGCUCAUGGAGGAGCUCAGGGACUUCCACGAGCGCUACAACCAGCGCAGGCUCCAGGAGGACAGUCAAGACUACCAGCACGGCAUCUUCCAGUCCAUUGGCUUUAAGGAGUUCCACCAGUACCUGACGGCCCCCGAGGACUGCGGCCAACGGGAGACCCUCCGAGACAAAGGUACCGAGGCGCUGAAGAACGCCACCAGGCGGUACGCCCGGCAACAGAACAAAUGGGUCCGCAACCGCUUCCUCAAACGUCCAGGGGGCAGCGUGCCGGCGGUGUAUGGCCUGGAUGUGUCUGAUGUCUCCCGGUGGGAGGAGACUGUGCUGGAGCCUGCACUGCAGAUCCUCCACAGCCUCACUAAGGGUGAGAGUCCGGCCAUAGAGCCAAUCAGAGUGGAGGAGGCGGAGCUUACCAACAAGCGCAGCCGGCACACCUGUGAGCUGUGCGACAAAGUCAUCAUCGGUGACCUGGAGUGGACAGCCCAUUUAAAAUCCAAGAAGCACCACAGCCACGUGAGGAAGAGGAGGAAGGUGGAGGCCUGCCCUGAUGAGGGGCCCGCUCCAGGGACCCUCCAGGGGGCCCAGACCGCCCCGCUCAGCCCCGGCCGUCUCCGUCCAGACGCCCUCGGGCCGAACUCCAGAGACGCCUCUCCUGAUUCAUCCUGAAUCCCGAGUCCCAGCCACCGCGGGGCCCGGCGGUACCAGGGGGAGCCGGGGGCCCGCGAGUACCAGGAGGGGGCCGGCACGCCAGACCUUUGGACCGCUGCACUGGUUGGAGGUUAACUCAUAAGCACUGAAGCUAUCCCGUGGAAAUCAUUAACGGACCCCAGCAAAUUCCUUUUCGAUGAAGCGGGACAGGUCCUGUCGGAAUUGACUGGAAUCUCCCACAGUCUGCCAAAUGUUUCCCGUCCAGUACAACACAGACGUCAUCCUCGUAUCUGAGUGAAGAAACGCAACUUUUGGACUGGACACCGGAAAGAGGAAACAGCCGUUAUGGACGGAGCUGGAUCCAGACGUUUAUUUUCACACUUGACUAACUUCUAUAUGGAAGACAGAGGUUUAUUGUUUUAUUAAUAAUCCGUCCUUACAGACGUGGCUCUUUUAAGGUCCGACACUGUGUUGUGUGGGGGGGGUUGGUCUCCUCUAUCGAGCGCAGUCAUUUGUGG